GCUCUUGGACGAUCCGACAAUAGUAUGCGCCAGAAGUUACGCGAGGUAGCGUUUGUUCUUACAGGCGAAGCUAAGCAAAAAACGACUAGAGAUUGCAGUUUGCGCUUAUUGAGCAGGAUUUUCCCAGUCUACAUAUUUGAAAGUAUUACACGUUUUGUUGUCUACCGUGAACAGGCGACGAUGCGUUUUCAUUUAUCUGCAGGUUUAGUAGAUCGAUUGAAUCAGUAAUUGAAUGUGGAACAAAACGUCACAAUCUAGUGCGCCGUGAUUCGUUCUCAAAGCAGAGUUGGUGCGUAGUUUGUGCUUUUGCAAUCGAUUUCGGUGCUUCUUGCUAACUGUUGUUUCCUGAGAAAAAAAACAGAACCAAGUUCAGUGGAACUCAAACGUGGUAAACCGCUGUCCAGGGGUAAGGUGAAAUACAAUAAGUGAAGUAAUGAACCGUUAAGUCACUGCCCGUGCCAAGUGUCGUGUUUUUGUUUUGCUUUGUACCUCAUCGCGGCCAUCACCACCAACAUCGGUUGCUUUCUGCGGAGAAAGUUUAAGAUAAUGAGAUUUGGAUUUUGCGGCUGAUGGGUUUUAAUUUCCUGUGAUGCGAAGUAGGUGUUCGGAGAUUUUCAAAAGCAGUACCGACACUAGCAGGAACAACGUAAACAUCAUUAUCAGCAGCCAUACAACAAUAUUCAGAAAUCGGAAAAAGUGCUUAUCCACCAAGGGUGUUGUUGUUAUAGGGGCAGAGUAGAACAAUAAGUUCAGCUUAGAAUCGUCGCUGGCAACAGAUAGCUGAGAGUCACGAUUUGUGGAUUGUGGAGUUUUAAGUUGCCAUCCCGACAGUUUCAGUGCAAGUAUUCGAUUGUGGAGAUCGUUAGUCGUCGGAAUCGCAGUCACAAAUGAAUCCAAUGUUGGUGUAGCAGAUGUGCAGUUUGUUCCACGCGGAGGGAUAUCGGAAGCAAAAAAAGAAAGAUCCAUUGGAAGCAGCAGCGUACAGCAGCUGGGCCUCUAAGACGGAUGCACGUAUCCUUGUUUAACCUACUGUUCGAAGUAAAGAACCAAACAUUCUUAUUUUUACUGUAAGGUCUAGGGUAACAAACACUAAUCACUAAGCUAACGUAGAAAAUCCUAGCCAAGUUAUCGGGUAAAACAACACAAGAGAUUAGUAACAAUCCCCGGAAACAGAUUCCGCGGUUGUUUUUUCUCAUUACUAACCAACACCACCGUCUACUCAGCGGUUCUGGCCCAGAGCCACGCAUUUCACUACUCAUCUAGUUUUAAACACCACAUUCGGCCUGGACUCGAAUCGAGAACACGAUCCAACCCAGGAAGCGGCCAACGGAGGGCACGCAAACGGGCAAUCGUCAUCUUCGUCCUCAUCGUCAGGAAGUGGCAAUAUGGUGAAAACGUUCCAAGCAUACCUACCGCCAGCCAACCGAACGUAUUCCUGUGUCCACUGUCGGGCACACUUAGCUAGUCACGAUGAGCUUAUAUCGAAAUCGUUCCAAGGAAGCCAGGGACGGGCGUAUUUGUUUAAUUCAGUGGUCAACGUAGCUUGUGGUCAGGCCGAAGAACGCGUUCUACUAACAGGCUUACAUGCCGUAGCUGACAUAUAUUGCGAAUGCUGCAAGACACCUCUAGGAUGGAAAUACGAACACGCUUUCGAGUCUAGCCAAAAAUAUAAGGAAGGAAAGUACAUCAUCGAACUGGCUCACAUGAUCAAGGAAAACGGCUGGGAUUGAUCGUUGAGUCCUUUAGGAAAACGCGUAAAUUAGAUUAGUGAAUAUACACUGUAAUAGCAACGACACACAAACACACACAAGCAAAACACAUAACAUGCGGAAGUCGAAGUGGUACCCCAUCGUAGGCAUUGGUGGCUUCCUAGACGGACCGCAAACCAACGUGCAUCUACUUUCCAGUCACAGUCGGAGUAUCCUAACAUGUUCAGCCGCCAGUUUCUACUGUUCACCAGCGAAUUAUCCUGUCAACUAUUUGUGUAGCCGUGUUGUCAUUUCCUUUCCACGUUAAUCCUAUUUUAACGUGUUCAUUUCAUCGUGUGUGAUCCAUCAUCGAACGGCGUCGUCAUUACUAGAGUUGUUAUUCUUUGGUUCAAACUUUUGUAUCAAACAUUCUGGAGUCCAUUCUUAUAUUUUACCUGCGACAACCACGUACACAAUUUUAAAAUAAUAAUUAGUUUAUAACGAUGAUCUUAUUCCUUUGAAUCCCUUUACUAGUAGAAGGAUAUUUUUGCUUUCUCCCUUAAGAGAGCAAGAAGAUUAACACUACCUUAUUGAUUAGUGAGAAAAACUGUACGAUCGAUAAGCGCGAAAGAAUUGCGGGACUGGGGUGGGCAAGGGUGGAACGUUUUUCUCCCACUCGCUGUUGUCACCCAACUCGCUGUGGUGAAAUUCGAAAGCAGCAAAGGAUGUUCAAGAAAAGAAUAGAAAAGGUACGUGAGAGAGAAAAUGCGAGAGUGAUAUUAGUUUUACGAAUGUUUCAAGUGAGGUAACAUUUAUAAAGAAUCGUAUUUUAGUCGAAAUAUAUACACGUCUAAGAAUCUAGAUUUAGUUUUGCGAGAGAAACAAAAACAAAACUGAAUGAAGGAAGACACACACUUAUGGUUUUAUAAAUCAGAAGUUAGAUAAUUGCGAGGGUAACGAAUGAAAUGAACACAGCCUGAGCAGUACUUGUAAUUUCAGUUUUUUAUAGCGAAUGUGAUCAAUAUAAUAUUAAAGUUAUAAUGUAUUUUUUAAUAAACAAACUAUUUUUAAUAUA